GCUAGCUAGCAGCAGACUGUCAUGUCGACCAGAAUAAGAUUACGAUGCUGGGAUAUAAUGCCUAUCCUGCUCUUGAUUGUUCCGGUAUCAAGAUCCGAAAAAAAUGUCGCUUUGGCGGGAACUGCAAAACAAUCGGCAAAUCAAGACGAUAGAUGGACAGCUGAUAAAGCAAUAGACAAUUGCAUCAAUCAAACGAUAUCAGGAACACCGCCUCAUUGUUGUGCUCAUACAGCUGACAAGAAUCACAAACAAGCCUGGUGGCGUGUGGAUUUAGGACAGAGAAGAACAAUACAAUACAUCACGAUAUACUACAGAAACAAUUCUAGACCAAGAUUUGGUGGAUACUCGCUCUCCGUGUCCAACUCUACCGACAACAUACAAGACAUUCUAUGUUAUCAGGAUAACAGUAGUAAGAAGGAAGAAGUAGACUUAAACCCGACUCACCUGUGUCCAUACGUAGCUCGGUAUGUGACUGUUUACAAUAACAGAGAGAGCCCAAAACGACACGACUGGUAUAGUGAUUAUCCUAUUCUGGAAUUAUGUGAAGUUCAGGUCUUAGGCUGCCAAAUCGGAAGUUAUGGUAACCACAGCUGUAAUGAUACUUGCCCAGAAAGCUGUUACGGGGGAAACUGUAACGCUAUAACAGGAUCCUGCUUCUAUUGUUUCCCUGGAAUGUUUGGUGUUUUCUGUGAACAGCAUUGCUCUGCUAACUGUAACAACACUUGCGAGAAAGAGUCAGGUCAUUGUAUAGGAUGCAAACCCGGACAAAAGGGGGACCUGUGCAAUGCUAAAUGUUCACCGAAUUGUGUGAUAUGCGAUCAGACGUCCGACCAAUGUUUUGUCUGUGUUAACGGAAAGUACGGAGACGACUGUGAGCAGGAUUGUUCUAACAACUGUAAGAACAGAUCGUGUAUGAAGGAAAAUGGAUAUUGUCUAGACUGUGUAAACGGAAAGUACGGGGACAUGUGUGGCCAAGAUUGUUCUGACAACUGUAAAGACCAUUCAUGCAUGAAGAACAAUGGGUCCUGUCUCGGUAAUUAG